UCAAAUCAAGCGUAGAAUAGGAAUCCCGGCGCUCUCCUAUUCACAUGCGGUGACUAGCUUAGCAUUGAAACGUACGACAUAUAAACAUUCUCUACAUUUCCAUUUCAACAUUUUCUUACAAAAUAGAAGAAUACGUUUCGAAACUAGAGGAUUUUUCAAAGGUGGAUUUUUUUUUUUUUCGAGGUAGGAUGACUUUACUUUUCCUCCAUUGAAGCUGCCGGGCUUUUAAAAUGAAGACUUGGCGACACCCCAACGAAGAAGAACUUUGCUUGGAACUUGCUUCGGCCAAUUGGAGGCGGAAAAGGCCGGUCAAGCGUUCAUGUCACCACCCGUGAGGCACGGUGAAAGUUUCACUGCUUUGAGAAAGGACCACUGCACGGCUAAAGACUCGAGCCUGAAGCUGGAGUGAAGCAUGGUGCACCCCCUGGACUGGUCGGCAACCAAUUCCCAUUCACAUCCACACCAUCACUGAGGGGGAAAUGAACAGAGCUGCCGGCAAGGAAGUCAGCUGUGAAACGCACUCAUCUCUGCGCCAUUUGAAGCCGCAAUCAUGGAAGAAGCAGAGGGACAACUUUUGAGAGGAAGGAACCACGGCAGAACGGCCAGAGGAAGAAGGGCGGCAAAGUGUGCCAUUUCCUACCUGGAGCACCCCCACGUCACAGCCCUGAACGAAGAGGCGACCCCGGAGAUGGUUUUCCCCGCCGUGACCAUCUGCAACAUCAACCGCUUCCGCUUCUCUGCGCUCACCGACGCCGACAUCUACCACCUGGCCAACCUGACGGGACUGCCCCCCAAAAACAGGGACGGUCACAAGCCCACCGAUCUAAUGUACCCUGCCCCUGACAUGCAGGACAUCUUCAACAGGACGGGACAUCAGCUGGACGAGAUGCUAAUGAGCUGCAACUUCAGCGGGCAGAACUGCUCGGCUGAGGAUUUCACCGUGGUUUACACCAGAUAUGGGAAAUGUUACACUUUUAACGGAAACAAGACCACGUCCAGGAAGACCAAGCAAGGUGGAAUGGGGAAUGGGCUGGAGAUCAUGUUGGAUAUCCAGCAGGAUGAAUAUCUGCCGAUAUGGAGAGAGACAAAUGAGACGUCUCUGGAGGCCGGAAUCCGGGUUCAAAUCCACAGCCAGGAUGAGCCUCCCUACAUUCACCAGCUGGGCUUUGGCGUCUCUCCAGGCUUCCAGACCUUUGUUUCAUGUCAGGAGCAAAGGCUGACCUACCUGCCCCAGCCCUGGGGGAACUGCCGCUCCAGCAGCAAGGAGAAGUUCCCCGGAUACGACACGUACAGCAUCAGCGCCUGUCGCCUGCUCUGCGAGACCAACGAGGUUGUGCGGGUGUGCAACUGCAGGAUGGUGCACAUGCCAGGAACCGCUGAUAUCUGUCCUCCAAAUAAAAUCAACUGUGUUGACAAAGCACUCGCACAGCUCCAGAAGACCAGCGGGGACACGUGUCCAUGCGAGACGCCCUGCAAUCUCACCCGUUACGGCAAAGAGCUCUCCAUGGUCAAAAUCCCCAGCAAGGGUUCCGCUCGCUAUCUCUCCAGGAAAUACGACAAGUCUGAAGACUACAUCAGAGACAAUUUCCUGGUGUUGGACAUCUUCUUUGAGGCUCUAAACUUUGAAACAAUAGAGCAAAAGAAAGCGUAUGAUGUUGCAGGUUUAUUAGGUGACAUUGGCGGCCAGAUGGGUCUGUUCAUUGGCGCCAGCAUCCUGACCAUCUUAGAAAUAUUGGAUUACAUCUAUGAGCACUUCAAGCAACGGCUACAACGUGUACUGAGACCACGAAAAGAGGAAAAGAAGAGCCUGGCGCAACCGCCGCCCGCCACCGUUGCCACAGUGGGACUGGAGGAGACGAAAACAGAGGAGCCCAACGCCGUGACGCGAAGUCACCCAGAAGGAGCGUACGCCAACACGAUGCUACCCAACCACCACCACCACCCUCGCCAUCACCUCGCCGGACACCGCGGCGUGUUCGAGGACUUCACGUGCUAGACGCCGCCGCCGUUUCCCCAUCGUUUCCUUUGCGUCGACCACCCGAGAGCGAGAAGAGCCGUCGAGGCGAGGCCUUUGGCCUCAAGCGGCAGUUUCUCCGCUGCCGCCGGUGAAAAGCUCCAGCCAAAGUCCAACACCAAACUUGAGAUGCUAACGAAGCACUUGUAUGUACAGUAUGUAGGCACAAUUUGGACACUGCGUUACGUUUUGUUGUUUAUUUUUUGUCAGGACGGGAAGGAAACCUUUGACCUGGCCUUGCUUCAAGUGGCAAGUCUGGCACUUUAUGUUCGCGUAAGACCAAUUUUCCAUACGUGCUCCCCCUCCCGAAAGGAAGCGAGGAGGACUGCAUGACCCCUUGAUGCAAUUUAUAUUGCCCUCACCCCACCAAAAAAAAAAACAAAACCCCACUACGAUUUAUUUGGUGAUUUGUUUCUCUUGAUCCAUUUUUCCUGAAGCCAUCGCCCCUUUUUUCUUCCCACGGAGUAUACGCGGUACUGCUGCAUUGAGUCAUAGCAACAUGAAAUAUCGAAUCAUUUCAAGAAAUAAUAAGAUCUCUAGAUGUUUCUAUAUUGUAUACAAGAUGAACUCUAAAGUUAACAAAACUUUUGUGCUUUAGUCAUUCAAAAUAUGAAGAGGUUAUUGAGAUGGAAAUAGAUUUUUUUUUUAUGAAGAAGAUUGAAGCGAUAUUUAUUCUGAUUUAUUGUAAAAGUCUUAGAGAGAGUAGCAUUGUACAUUGUAACAUAAACAUUGUCAAAAAAAAUUAUGAUAAGAACAGGCAGGAGAGAGAGAGAGAUUCGGUUUUAAUGGUUGUCGUUUAUAACUCGUUAAUAUAUAACUUAAGUAAUCCUUUUGUUAUUUAUACAUUUUAGAGAAAUAAUUUUGUAUGCGAUCACGAUUGUAGCAGUCGCUGUACACUGACAACCUGCAGCCGAUCCAGAAUAUCAAUACAUUUGUACAGGUGAGAACGACGACUAUGGAUUGUGAAUUUUAUUUCGUCUUUCUCGAACUGUACGAGGAAAUACACGCACGGUGGAACCUCGAAAUUCAAAGACCAGGCGAGGUCUUGCGAUUGGGAAUGUGGCAAAAUGUCAGUGAACAUGGAAAUGGAACAUAAUGUACAUCACUGGCUCGCAGUAAUUCGGCAAAAAAAUAUUCAUUAAUUUAUGUUUUUGGGAAAAAAAUACAGACAAGAUGUACAUUGUAAAAUGAAAUAUUUCAUUUUUAUGUGAAGAAACUCACCUCCAAUGCACAAGCAGUAAUUUCCUUUUUUCUUUUUCUUGCAGGAAAAAUUCUCCACUCCAUUUCGAGCGUAUGUAUUUUGAUUUUUUUUUUCAAAUGUUUUGUUUUGUUGUUUUUCUUUUUCACAUUUUGGGCAAAAAAAAGUCUUGGGUUAACCCAUUCGUGGGCAGCGUCCCAUUUUUGGGACAUCAUGAUUUUCACGCAUUAUAUCCUUCACUGUAUCAAAAUAUUCACGUGUUUUGAUCUGAAGCCAUAAUUUGGUAUCAGGAGAGGAUAACUCAUCGGUCAAAGUUAGCAGUUAGAUUUUUGGGACGAGAUUAUAAAUUGGUAAAGUUAUCAUAUAACUUAACCAUAAACGAAGAAGAAGUGUUAUUUUUAGAUUUUUAUCUCAAUAAGGCAAAAAAUUGCCACCUUGCCCAUGAAUGGGUUAAAACAAAAAUCAAGAUCAAAUUUCAUCAAAGUCAAAGGACAUUUUUUUUUGUACAUGAUCAUUUUUACCAUGUUCAAAUAUUACAUAAUGGACGCAAGUUUUCAUUUAUUUAUUUAUUGAUUGACUCGCUCUGAUGGAAACCACCCAAAAAAAAUUUUUUUUUUAAAUCCCAGUUGUGUUGAGCAUUUCGAGGUUCCACUGUACGCAAGACGCCACCCAAAUUUUAAGGAACGAUAAGAGUACGUGCAGGUACUUGACAGUUUUAAUCAUCAUAUUCAGGCGAGUAUUGAGAGAAGGACGAUGGAGCGUCGACUACUUUUUUGCAGUAGCAGCAAGAGUAUUUUAUUGAUUGAUUUUUAUUUGAUCUGAACGACGGGAGGUGUGGAGCACCAGAGACAAUCAUUGUUAGGUCACUUCGGAGACGAGCGACAUCUGCA